AUGAACUCGGAAAAAAAGAUUAACGUCUCUACUGACCCUUUAAUUAUUUUUAAAACGAUUAAAAACCAAGCAGAACCGCAUUUCCUCAUGUUGUUUAAAGAUACGGGCGUAGCAAUUGAAGAUGGUAGUGACAAGCAAAUUGUUUAUGUUUUGUUUCAACUUCAACUUUUAACGAUAAAACAUUCAGCUUUGUGUCCGAUUAAAACUGUUGUUUAUGAUUUCAAUCAUCAAUCACAUCUCGGGAAAAGAUUUGUUGGGCUUUUAUUGUGUUCUUUUUGUCAUGACAAUUAA